AUGUUAGAUCGUUUACGUGCUUUGGUUCCAUCACGAACUGCUCCGCCGAAACGUAUUGAAAAAAUAGACGUACCGAGUACUGACGAAGAACAACGAGAAGAAUGGGAUCGACCGAUUGAGUUUAUUCUUUCGUUGAUUGGUUGUUCUGUUGGCUUGGGAAAUGUGUGGAGAUAUCCUUACAUCGCAUUCAAAAAUGGGGGUGGCGCUUUUCUUAUACCGUACUUUUGCGUGUACUUUCUCAUCGGAACGCCAUUGUACUUUCUUGAACUAUCUCUUGGACAAUUUACUAGUCGUGGUGCGACAGCUGCUUUUGGGAUGUCACGAAUGUUCAAAGGAGUUGGUUGGGCAAUGGCUGUCAACUCUUUUUUUGUCACAGUUUACUACAAUAUCAUUAUUGCCUGGUGUUUAUUCUACUUUUUCGCUUCAUUUCGUAAAAAACUUCAAUGGAGUGAUUGUGGAAAUUGGUGGAAUACGAAUCGUUGUUCAAGAGCAGAUGGUUCCUAUAAUUCGACUAUGCAUUUCUUCUGUUUAACAAGUAAUCGAUCGGCUAAUUGUUCAUUACCCGCCCUUCCGCCCGAAGAAUAUUUCGAUAAUUAUGUCCUACGCCGGAGUAAUUCAUUGGAAGAUAUGGGCAGCCCGCAUUGGUCGUUGACACUGUGCUUACUCUUAUCGUGGAUUCUUGUUGCUGCAUGCAUUAUUCAAGGAAUCAAAUCAUCAGGCAAAGUUGUGUAUUUUACUUCAUUAUUUCCAUAUGUGGUAAUAUUUGCUUUGAUCAUCCGUGGUGUCACUUUGCCAGGAGCAGCAAAUGGUAUCAAGUUUUAUUUGAAACCAAACUGGAGUAAAAUUCGUGAAUUUGACGUUUGGAUUGCUGCCGCCUCUCAAGUGACGUUCUCGCUUUCGGUCGCAUUUGGAUCUAUACUGGGUUAUGCUAGUUUUAACAAAUUCAAAUCUAACUAUCUUAGAGAUUGUAUGAUCGUGACUGCAUGUGAUUGUUUUACUUCAGUAUUUGCUGGAUUUGCUGUUUUUUCGAUUCUUGGUUUUAUGUCAUACAAAACCGGUUUACCAGUUGAUCAAGUGGCAAAAGCAGGACCUGGUUUAGCUUUUAUUGCUUAUCCGCAAGCACUGUCCAUUAUGCCAGGUGGGCCAUUUUGGGCAGUCAUCUUCUUUUUUAUGUUGCUAACGCUGGGUCUCGACUCUCAGUUUGCGUUGUCGGAUGUGACAAUAUCGGGAAUUGUCGAUACUUUCAGUAGUCUGCGACGUUAUAAAACCUACAUCAUCAUCGGCUAUUGUGUUGUUUGCUUCUUAGCAGCCUUACCCAUGUGUGCACCGGGUGGAAUCUAUUUAUUCACAUUAAUGAAUGAAUAUUCAGCUAAUUUAUCAGUGAUUGUUUGUGCAUUCUUUGAAUUCAUCGUCAUCGCUUAUAUCUAUGGUUUCAAUAAAUUCAUGGAAGAUAUUCGUAUGAUGCUAGAUCGACGACCAUUGGAAUCUUAUUGGUUUGUUACUUGGUGUAUAACAGGUCCUAUCAUUACACUCAUUGUUUUCUUUUCAUCAAUUAUUCAAUUUAAAGCACCGACGGAAGGCAAUUAUGUUUAUUUGCCAUACGCAAAUGCAAUCGGUUGGCUUAUGUCGUGUUCAUCAAUAGCAUUCAUACCUGGUGUGAUGAUUUAUCAAAUGAUCAAAGCUUGGAAAGUAACCAAAACACAUCAAAGUCAAAUUUCAGAUGACAUGCCGCAUUACUUACGAGCACUAACAUACGCAAGUAAACCUGAAAAUGAUUGGGGACCAGCAAGAAAAGCGGAUAGAUAUGGGCGAUACGAUGAAAUGAAUCAAAAACUCAAAGACGAAACAACAUCUCGCAUCUCUUCUAAUACCCUUAACCAUGCGUUUGAUUCCGAAACAACAAUCUGUUCACGUUUUUGA